CAUAGCUACUCUUCGAUGUUGCAGCCCUUUUUCACCAGUAGUAGUUCUGUGGAAAUGGUAUGAACAGUUCCGUUUUCUCGAAUACUAACGCUAGCGUUCUGCCUUCGUCGGGAGGGUGGUUUGCGGUGUGUGUCAUCUUUACAGCCUCAAUCAAAUUUCUCUUGGUCUUCAUCACAACUCUCGUGAAAGCGCAAAAUUUAGCGAAAGAAAAAAAAAAACGACCCAAAUUGAAGCAGUGACGAACUUUCUGUUGCCAAAUUAUAUCGAGUUCCUAGAACUUUUUGGAAUCGGAGCUCGAUGGCGUUCUUGUGGAAUGACGGGAACCUGACGAUCGGCGACUCUGAUGUGAUGGUGUUCUUCGAUCACAGCGGCUUUAAUUGGACUCAGAACAACAGCCUCUUGGAAGACGCGACGCAAAAUGACCAGUUCAGCUUGCCGUGGUGGCGGAUUGUCCUCUGGACGAUGCUCUUCGCCGUCAUGGUCGUCGUUUCGACUGGCGGCAACUUGAUCGUUAUUUGGAUCGUUCUCGCCGAUCGAAGAAUGCGAACGGUUACGAACUACUUUCUGGUAGUCAAUCUCUCUAUAGCUGACACCAUGGUCUCAACGCUCAACGUCAUAUUUAACUUCAUCAGCAUGGUCACUAACGACUGGCCGUUCGGCAGGGUUUAUUGCAAAAUCUCGCAAUUCGUGGCCGUCAUUUCGAUUUGCGGCAGCGUUUUCACCCUCAUGGCUAUUUCCAUUGAACGUUACUUGGCUAUCAUGUACCCGUUGCGGCGACGAAUGGGCAAGAUGACGACCAUCGGCAUUGCUCUGAGCAUCUGGCUGGCCAGCUUUUUGAUAUCGACUCCGCACGUCUUGUAUUCCACGACCAUUACGUACAAUGAUUCCGGACGUACGGCUUGUUACUUGGCCUGGCCUGACGGCCCCACUUUCGAGAGCUACCAGGAGUACAUAUACAACGUGAUGCUGACUAUCCUCACGUACUUCUUACCUAUCUGCGCCAUGGGCUACGCCUACUUCCAAGUCGGAGUGGAGCUGUGGGGUAGCCAAGGCAUCGGCGAAUGUACGGAUCACCAGAUGGAGAACGUCAAAUCCAAACGGCGGGUUGUCAAGAUGAUGAUUGUUGUCGUGACGAUAUUCGCCAUUUGCUGGCUGCCCUACCACAUUUACUUCAUCGUUUCGUGGCUGUUUCAAGAAAUCAAUCAGUGGUCGCAUAUUCAAGAAAUUUACCUCGGGACCUACUGGCUGGCCAUGUCGAACGCAAUGUACAACCCAAUUAUCUACUGCUGGAUGAACUCGAGGUUCCGCAAGGGUUUCCGGCGUGUGUUCUACUUUUGGUUCCGCUGUUUCAAACACUCGGAUGACAAUCCUCGCAACGGAGCCGCUGCACACUGGAACAGCUGUCCCGGAUCACCCGAUCACGUACGAAGCGGCCGUAAUGGAGGCACCAGUAUAACGAUGAUGCCGUUGCAUCAUUUGAAUCCAGCCACCGCACGCUACGACAGGAAUCGCCUGCCGAUGAACCAACAGCGACCGAAAGCGAACCAGUGUAUCACCACCGCUGGUGGACCUGUUGCCCGUCGAUCGCAGAGAGAAGAAGAUAUAUUCGCAUAGAAUUUUAACAAAUGUUUUUAAAAUUUGCGAGUCCUCUUUUAAAAAACAAAGCGCAUUGAGUUGUGAAUCAGAUUUGCUUUCUCAUUACGAUCGUUGUAUGAAACCAUGUUACAUGCGCAUGUGUGACGCUUCUUUUCUUUCGAUAUGUGUGUGCCCAUUUUUAUUUUUCCGGGAACGAAUGUCAAACAACCAAAGUGCAAACGCUGAGCUGACUGUUGAUGUGAUCUUGAUGUCUUCAGAUUUCCCCCCAUUGCCGUUUACCUACUUUGAUUCUCACUCCGACAUCCUCAAUCACAUUUUACUUGUACAGAUAAUAUUUAUAUAUAUAUGUCUCGUUCUGUUGUUACCCGUGGGAUAUCACGAAGCGAUUAUUAUUAUCCAUUAUCGUUUCUCGGAUUGAGUGUUGAAUUUCCCGCAUCCUGCAUACAUGUAUACAAACCAAUUGCUUUCUUAUAUUCGUUCUUUUCUUUGAAAAUCUUCAAAAAGAAAGUGGAACAAAACGUUUAACGCUCUUUUCGACUCCCAAAAAAAACCAAACACAAAUUUUAUCUAUCUGGAAAUGAUAAGUGUGUAUUUCAAUUCGAAUGGACAAAAAUAGAUGUGUAUACCGAUUCAUCAAAUAGA